GGGCUGGGGGGCCGGGCUGGGCGGGGGUGGGGUUGUGGUGGUGCUUCUGGUGACAACGGUCAAUAAUGAAGGUGGCUGCGGCGCGGCGGCAGGCUCAGCUGCGCCGGGCGGGGGCGGCGCCGGGGCCGCGCCUCUAGGACCUCGGAGCCGGCGCGGCGGGAUGGGGACCCGGCGCGGGGAGUGAGGUGGCUGCGGCGGCGAGCGGAACUUCAGCCAGAGGGGCAAUCCCGCUUCCCCCUCUGGCUCGUCAGCUUCCACCUGCAGCCCCUCGGCCCCCCGCGUCCCGCGGGACCGGGACGGCGACGGCGGGGGCAUGUGGCGCUGGGUCCGGCAGCAGCUGGGUUUUGACCCACCACAUCAAAGUGACACAAGAACUAUUUACAUAGCCAACAGGUUUCCCCAGAAUGGCCUUUACACACCUCAGAAAUUUAUAGAUAACCGGAUCAUUUCAUCUAAGUAUACUGUGUGGAAUUUUGUUCCAAAAAAUUUAUUUGAACAAUUCAGAAGAGUGGCAAACUUUUAUUUUCUUAUUAUAUUUUUGGUUCAGCUUAUGAUUGAUACACCUACCAGUCCAAUUACCAGUGGACUUCCAUUAUUCUUUGUGAUAACAGUAACUGCCAUUAAGCAGGGAUAUGAAGAUUGGUUACGACAUAACUCAGAUAAUGAAGUAAAUGGAGCUCCUGUUUAUGUUGUUCGAAGUGGUGGCCUUGUAAAAACUAGAUCAAAAAACAUUCGGGUGGGUGAUAUUGUUCGAAUAGCCAAAGAUGAAAUUUUUCCUGCAGAUUUGGUGCUUCUAUCCUCAGAUCGACUUGAUGGUUCUUGUCACGUUACAACUGCUAGUUUGGAUGGCGAAACUAACCUGAAGACACAUGUGGCAGUUCCAGAAACAGCAGUAUUACAAACAGUUGCCAGUUUGGACACACUCAUAGCUGUGAUAGAAUGUCAGCAACCAGAAGCAGACUUAUACAGAUUCAUGGGACGAAUGAUAAUAACUCAACAAAUGGAAGAAAUUGUAAGACCCCUGGGGCCAGAGAGUCUCUUGCUUCGUGGAGCCAGGUUAAAAAACACAAAAGAAAUUUUUGGAGUUGCCAUCUACACUGGAAUGGAAACUAAGAUGGCAUUAAAUUAUAAGAGCAAGUCACAGAAACGAUCUGCAGUAGAAAAGUCGAUGAAUACAUUUUUGAUAAUUUAUCUAAUAAUCCUUAUUUCUGAAGCCAUCAUCAGUACUAUCUUGAAAUAUACAUGGCAAGCUGAAGAAAAAUGGGAUGAACCUUGGUAUAACCAAAAAACAGAACAUCAAAGAAAUAGUAGUAAGAUUCUGAGAUUCAUUUCAGACUUCCUGGCUUUUUUGGUACUCUACAAUUUCAUCAUUCCAAUUUCAUUAUAUGUGACAGUCGAAAUGCAGAAAUUUCUUGGAUCAUUUUUCAUUGGCUGGGAUCUUGAUCUUUAUCAUGAAGAGUCAGGUCAGAAAGCUCAAGUCAAUACUUCUGAUCUGAAUGAAGAGCUUGGACAGGUGGAGUAUGUGUUUACAGAUAAAACUGGUACACUGACAGAAAAUGAAAUGCAGUUUCGGGAAUGUUCAAUUAAUGGCAUUAAAUACCAAGAAAUCAAUGGUAGACUUGUCUCUGAAGGACCAACACCAGACUCUUCAGAAGGAAGCUUAUCCUAUCUUAAUAGUUUAUCCCAUCUUAACAAUUUAUCCCAUCUUACAACCAGCUCGUCUUUUAGAACCAGUCCGGAAAAUGAAACGGAGCUAAUUAAAGAACAUGAUCUCUUCUUUAAAGCAGUCAGUCUCUGUCACACUGUUCAGAUUAGCAAUGUCCAGACUGAUGGCAUUGGUGAUGGUCCCUGGCAAUCCAACUUUGCACCCUCCCAGUUGGAAUACUAUGCAUCUUCACCAGAUGAAAAGGCUCUAGUGGAAGCUGCUGCAAGAAUUGGCAUUGUAUUUAUUGGCAAUUCUGAAGAAACUAUGGAAGUUAGAACACUUGGAAAACUGGAACGGUACAAACUGCUUCAUAUUCUUGAAUUUGAUUCAGAUCGUAGGCGAAUGAGUGUAAUUGUUCAGGCACCUUCAGGUGAGAAGCUUUUAUUUGCUAAAGGAGCCGAAUCAUCAAUUCUUCCUAAAUGUGUAGGUGGAGAAGUAGAAAAAACCAGAAUUCAUGUAGAUGAAUUUGCUUUGAAAGGACUAAGAACUCUGUGUAUGGCCUAUAAACAUUUGACAUCUAAAGAGUAUGAAGAAAUAGAUAGACGUCUGUUUGAAGCCAGGACUGCCUUGCAACAACGGGAAGAGAAAUUGGCACAUGUCUUCCAGUUCAUAGAGAAAGACCUGAUACUACUUGGAGCUACAGCAGUGGAAGACAGGCUACAAGAUAGAGUUCGAGAAACUAUUGAAGCAUUGAGAAUGGCUGGUAUCAAAGUAUGGGUACUAACUGGUGAUAAACAUGAAACAGCUGUUAGUGUGAGUUUAUCAUGUGGACAUUUUCACAGAACCAUGAACAUCCUUGAACUUGUAAACCAGAAAUCAGAUGGCGAAUGUGCUGAACAAUUGAGGCAGCUUGCCAGAAGAAUUAAAGAGGAUCAUGUGAUUCAGCACGGGCUGGUGGUGGAUGGGACCAGUCUGUCUCUUGCACUCAGGGAGCAUGAAAAACUAUUUAUGGAAGUUUGCAGAAAUUGUUCAGCUGUAUUAUGCUGUCGUAUGGCACCACUGCAAAAAGCAAAGGUAAUAAGACUGAUAAAAAUCUCACCUGAGAAACCUAUAACAUUGGCUGUUGGUGAUGGUGCUAAUGAUGUAAGCAUGAUACAAGAAGCACAUGUCGGCAUAGGAAUCAUGGGUAAAGAAGGAAGACAAGCUGCAAGAAAUAGUGACUAUGCAAUAGCUAGAUUUAAAUUCCUCUCCAAAUUGCUUUUUGUUCAUGGUCAUUUUUAUUAUAUUAGAAUAGCUACCCUUGUACAGUAUUUUUUUUAUAAGAAUGUGUGCUUUAUCACACCCCAAUUUUUAUAUCAGUUCUACUGUUUGUUUUCUCAACAAACACUAUAUGACAGCGUGUACCUGACUUUAUACAAUAUUUGUUUUACUUCCCUACCUAUUCUGAUAUAUAGUCUGUUGGAACAGCAUAUAGAUCCUCAUGUAUUACAGAGCAAGCCCACCCUCUAUCGAGACAUUAGUAAAAACCGUCAACUAAGCAUUAAAACAUUUCUUUAUUGGACCAUCCUGGGUUUCAGUCAUGCCUUUAUUUUCUUUUUUGGAUCCUAUUUUUUAAUAGGAAAAGAUAUAUCUCUGCUUGGAAAUGGCCAGAUGUUUGGAAACUGGACAUUUGGCACCUUGGUUUUCACAGUCAUGGUUAUUACAGUUACAGUAAAGAUGGCUUUGGAAACUCAUUUUUGGACCUGGAUCAACCAUCUUGUUACCUGGGGAUCUAUUAUAUUCUAUUUUAUAUUCUCUUUGUUUUAUGGAGGGAUUCUCUGGCCAUUUUUGGGCUCCCAGAAUAUGUACUUUGUAUUUAUUCAACUCCUAUCAAGUGGUUCUGCUUGGUUUGCCAUAAUACUCAUGGUUGUUACGUGUCUAUUUCUUGAUAUUGUGAAGAAAGUAUUUGACCGACAGCUCCAUCCUACAAAUACUGAAAAGGCACAGAUGUACUCCAACACAGUUGCUUUAAGUGACGAAUUCAUCGCACUGCAGCCAUUGUCGAGGGCAAGGAAUCAGCUGAGCAAACUUAGCUUACUGAAACAAAUUCAGGUAUCAAGUGCUUGGACUCCAUGUGCUGUUUCUCAGAGGGAGAAACAGCGUGCGCAUCUGUUGGAAGAAUGCUGGAACGAGUAGUAGGAAGAUGUAGUCCAACCCAUGUCAGCAGAUCUUGGAGUGCAUCGGACCCUUUCUAUACCAACGACAGGAGCAUCUUGACUCUCUCCACAAUGGACUCAUCUACUUGUUAAAGGGGCAGUAGUACUUUGUGGGAACCAUUUCAACUCCUUUCCUAAAAUUCAGUGUGAUCAUCCUGGUAAUGGCCACACUAGUUCUGCAGAAUUACUUUCUAAAAUUUCUCAAGUAUUUCAUACCCACUCAGAGUUAUAAUGGAAAACAAAUAAAAAGCAUUAACAUAACCCCCUUUCAACCCCUUUCAUUUAAAUCCGAACAUGUUAGAAUUUGUGAAAGAGACAUUUUCUAUCUCUUUGGGUUGUCCCUUAUGCUUAUGGGACUCCUAAUGGCAUUUCAGCCUCUUGCUAAGGCCACUAUAUUUUAAUAUCAAGGUAGAAAAGGGAGGUAAUUCCUAGCUAAUUGUAUUUUUUAGUAUUAGUUUGGUUAUCGAGUCUUCUAUUCAAAUCUGCUUCUGUAAAUUAUGCUGAAAAGUUUGCCUUGAAAACUCUAUUUUUUUAUUAGAGUUAUAUUUGAAACUUUUCAUGCGAAAAGUUAAUGUGAAUAGAAAGGAAUUUUGGUCCCUCAGUGACCCAUGUUGUUAAUUCUUUAGUGCUUUCUAAGUUCACAGAGCAAAUUAGAAGAAUGCAUUUCCCAUCAUUAUUUACUGCAUUGUGGGUAGUAAAUAUAUACCAAAACCAAACUUCUCUAAAUACUAUAACACAACCAGUAAAGUUAAGUAUAUACAUGCAAAGGGUAUAUUAUAUAUAUAAAUCAGGAAUCAAGUCCAUUCACCAAAUUUCAAGUUGAUGUUUACUAAUAUUUUUGUGAUGGAAUACAAAGAACCUAUAGUGGGUAAAUUAUAUACCAUUAGCAUAUUAUUAUUUAAUGUGUUUAUCAUUGGAUCUUUUGCAUGCUUUAAUCUGGUUAAUAUAUUUAAAUUUGCCUUUUUUUUCCUCUCUAUCUGAAAGCUCUGUUUAUAGUAUUUUAUGACACUGUUGUAAAGUUCGACUAUAUCAAUAAAAAACAAGUUUGGACAGUAUUUAAAUAUUGCAAAUAUUUUUAAUCAUAUAAAUCAAAAUAUUAGGGUAAUUAAAAAGAUAAGAGCCUCUUUCUGUGGCUAAUUUAGAAUUGCUCUUGCCUUUCAGUAAGCUAGCAUUUAGAAUAAAGGAUUUCAUGUGAGAAUCCUGUUAUUUUUAGGUUAGUGUAUGUUAUCUAAGUUACAGUAGACUACCGCAGUAAAGUAAAAUCUGUCCUGUGUCCCAUUACAAGGUAUAUUUUCAGGCAUGCCUACAGGAUGUAAAUGAAACAAAGUUUAAAGUUCUAAAUCUUAAGGGUUAAUGGCAGCAUAAAUUAAAAUGCUAAGAAUGAUUAAUCAGGUACAUAUUGCUGUAUUUCAGUACUUAAUUGCCAUCUUGAGUUUAUCAUAUGAUCAAUGUUGUCAUUUGUUUUGGUAAAAAGUAAUGUCAUUUUAAAAUUUGGAAAUGAUUAUUGGCUAAAGAGCUUACCAAGCUCUAAGUAUAUGAUUGUGUACAUAUAAAUUAUAUGGAAAUGGUUAAAUAAGGUUUCCAAAAUUUUCUCUUGAGAAUAUAAUAAUUCCUUUCUGUAGAUUUAUUCUUUAACCUUCCACCUCUUUCCCAUCUCAUGAAUAUAAGACCUCUGGAAUUGGGCUGGUAGGGAAAGAAUGGUAGAGUCAAGAAUUAAGACUUUACCUUGUUUGCUGAUAAACUUUUUUUUUUUUUUAGUUUUAUUUUCUUGCUAACAUAACGUUUGUUUCAAUAAUGCAAGGAUAUUAGAUUAUAAAUUUCAUCUUAAGUAUUAAUGUUCAUUAAUAGCCCUUCUUUAACUUAGAUAUUCCAAAAUUGAAUUCAGGAAUAUACUAUGAUUCUGGCAAUACAUUGAAGGGAUUAUACAGUGUACAAUGUAUACAUUUACCAAUUCAUGGUCCAGAAGAGGAAAUAUUGCAGAAAAUAUUCAGUUAGGGUAGUUUAGUGGAACAUAACUCAGAAUUUAUUUUUUCUUAGAAUGUCUUAUAAAAUAUUUAUAUAACAAAAUGACAUUUAUAGUCCUGCAUUACAUCUUCCUUAACAGUUUACAGUGUUUAUUUGCCAUUAACCAAAUUGACUACUGACACUAGAGAAGGACCACAAAACCAUCAAGCAGUCUCUGACCAACUGCAGCAGGGAGGUCAGCCAGUCUAUAUGGUGCUGAAAAUGGGAUUGAUGUAAUUGUCUGCAUUGACUAUUUAAAGUUAUUUAAGAACUUUAUGUAAAAAAAAAAAAAAAAAAGUAGAUGGCAUGUACUGAUACGCUCAUCCUACUCUGUUGAAAGCCUCUUUUUAAAGGAAAGUUAAAAGAGCUUUCUUCAGUUUAUUUAAGAAAGUAACUAUUGUCUAUAAGCUUUAAGUAGUUUUCUAGUGUUAAUACUCAUAUAUUAAAACUUAUUAUUUAGCCAGUAAUCACAAAAAAAGUCCCCUUUGCAUAUUUCUUUAAAAUUCUUCGGAAAGUAUGAUGUUGGGAAUUAACCUAACUCUUAAUCCUGCCAAAACCAGAGUAAGAUGCUACAUGUGUUUUUACUAAUUGAUGGUCUCAAAUCUAUUUGCCUCACUUUCUUACCUUUACCUACCUAGUCUGAAGGCUGUAGCCCUGAGGAUAGUAGCAAGCACCAAGAUGGUUUUCGAAAUUGCCCAUCAGCUGCUUUAAAAGAUAACUCAGUACCUUGCCUCAGCUUUAGCAAGCAGUAGGUUCACCUUAGAGGAUUAUCGUAUGGGCCAGGAGAACUACAGCUACCAGGCUUGCCAUGGAGUUGAGAAGAAAGAAGGGGAGAAUUUACAGUUUAAAUCUCUCUUAACUACCUUCCUCCUUGGGCCUCAGUCUCCAUGAUGUCCACAGGUUUCCCAGACCUAAUCCAAACUCUGGCACUGUCCUGAGUAGGAGGUUAAACUGAGGCAAAUCACCACAUCAGGAAAUUCCUUUACUCAGACCAGGCCUUUUCUGCUGUAAGACUGAACUGUGGAAUGGGGCUUGUGUGGGAAGUUUGAGGCUCCUGUCUGACAGGCAGAAGUCAAAACCACUAAAAAAAAUUUACAGUUAAUACCAAAAACAUUUUAAAUAUGCUACUCUGAGAAGUUAUUGGGGGGCAGGGAAAAAGGGAAAAUCAUCUUUGCUUGUGUUUUCCUGUAAAGAUCCCGUUGGAGUAGGAUAUAAGGAGGUAUUCAUAAAACAAACCACCAAAGAGUUAUGUAAAACAUGUUUUAUUAAUUUUGGUCCCUCUUCUGAGACAUUCUUAUUUCUAUCUUGAAAUGAGUCAUCUAUUUUCGUAAAAAUAGAACAUCAUUAAAGUGUUGUUUAUGUGAGAACACUUGAAUGGUUUUCCUACAAAAAAAAAAAUA